CGCGCGUCCGUUUGGCGUCCGUCUGUCGAUCCAUUCCCGAUCAAUUUUUGAGCCGGAUUUGCUUCGGUGCGGACAUGAGAUGUACGCGCGCCCCCGGGUCUGUUGGUCUGUGGCAUCAUCUACAAUUUUCCUCAAUCCCCUCCCCCCGCGUCCGCGCGCUACCGCCAUGGAUGACGACCUCGACGCCGCCGCCUCCCUCGCCUCGUCGGGCAUGACGACCGCCCCCCUCCGGCAAAGGCAAGCCUCGCCCCCCUCGCAAGACCGCCUCCGCGCCCAAGCCGAUGAAGAAGCUGAAGCCCGAGCAGCGUGUAAGAGAGUCGACCAAGAGGAAGGGUCGCAGGCACACGGCGGACGCAAGGGAUGAAGCCAUCGCAGCGGCCACCGUCGACGCCGCCGUGCAGCAGGAGGUCACCAACUCCCGCAUCGCGACGCAAACGAGGGAGGCGCUCUAUAUGCUAGGGUUAAACCCUAGCCAGCACGGCCUCGUCAACGCCGCCGUGGUCGCGGCCAGCACCGGCUCAUCCGCGUUCCCUUGGAUGGUGCUGCCCGACUCGCCCCGCGCGUCGGCUUGCACCCGAUGCCCGGCUUCCAUGUCUUCCUGCAGGCCUCCCGCCUCUCCGGGGAGUGCUCACUGGAGGUGAGCGUGGUGGCGCCUUCCACGCCCGCGCCCGCGUCCAUCGACCUCAAUGUCACACCGGUGGCCGGUGGCUCGUCAUUCGGAGGCGCGAGGAAACGCCCGCGCCAGAUGCGAGCCGGCGUGCUGCCGUAUGCAUGCAACAUGUUCGAUGGAAUGCCGGCCGCCGGCGACGAGGACUACAUGGAGAACUUGAUCUUCGAGGAUGAUACGCCGGCCGCUGGCUACGAUCCCGACGAGACACAAAGCCAGGACGGUAGAGGGGCGUUCACGCUGUCCACCUUUGAUCAAGAUCAGGCGGCCUUCAUGCGUGAUCAGGUCGGCGUGGACCUGGACGGCUUCCCACUCGACCACGAGUUUCUGGAGGACUAUGGGCAAGAGGAAGAGGACGAGUGCGACAUCGAAGGGGAGCCUUUGUUCGAGGACGAGCUCGCCAACCAAGCCGCCUGGGCGAAGCCGAAGCGCAAGAGCAAGCAGACCAAGACAUACACGGUGACCGAGGACAAGGUUCUUUGCUAGUGUUGGAGAUAUAUUGGGCAAGAUCCCAAGACGGGCGCCGAACAAAAGCAUUCAACUUUUUGAAAUCGUGUCCACCGUGAGUUCCAUGAGCGGAAGAAGUUUUCGCCGUACCAAAUAGUAAGCACGCACGGGUGGGUGUCCAUUUCGAAGCGAUGGAGGGUGAUCCAACAAGAGUGCAACAAGUUUUGUGCCACUCUUGAGAGUGUCAAGGCCAGACCCGUGAGCGGCAUCGGCAUGCAAGACAUGGGUCAUCAAAGACGAGGAGAAGUUCAAGGCGCAAUAUGCCGCCCUCAAGUCGCGUGGGGGGAAGCAAGCCGUGAAGGAGGUUCGGGACGGCGAGAAGGCACGGUCGUGGGGGAAGACCAACUCCAAGAAGGAGGACAAGCGGGAUGCGGCGUCAAACGCCUUGAUCACAAGCGUGGAGGGCAUGAUGAGCAAUAAGGACUCAAGGGAGGAGGAGUGACGGCGUUACAAAGAAUUGCAAAUGAACGCCUUCAUGGAGAUCCAAAGGAGGAGGCUUGAGAUGGACACGGAAAAGCAAGCUAAGAUGCUUGAGAUCGAGGCGGAGAAACAAGCCAAGAUGCUAGAGAUCGAGGCCGCCAACGUCAAGACCAAGGCGAAAGAAGUGGCUCUCGCGAGCAUGAUGACUCGGGUGGAGAUCAUGAAGGUGGAUCUCAACACCGUGUCGCCAAGGAAGAGGCCGUGGUUCGAGAAGAUGCAUGUCGAUAUGCUCAAGUUCGACAACGAGUGAUCUAUGGCAGCGAGCGCCAUCUUUUUUUGUAUGCCGGCAGGUGCGCUGGCAUGACCACGAGGCCGCGAUGGCGUGGUCGAAAUCAAGUCCCACCCCUUUUUGUGUGCUGGCAUGUGUUCCGGCCGCUGGUGAGUGUGCCAGCAUGAACUGUCUGGUGAUAUUUUUUGAAGUCGUCAUUGUAUACCGACGCUGGCAUGGUGCCUCCAUGAGACAUGGCCGCUGGCAUGAUCUAUGGCCGCGGGUCUUUUUAAAAAUUGUCUGCGGACAUGAAAUGGAUCGGCGAAUUGGACGCACUAUCGAUCCAAAUCUAAAACAGGACGGACGCCGGGCGGGCGAUCGACCCAAACAGAC